GUCGUCAUCAGGCGCGAUGCACCUUGAUACAGAAAGCACCUUGGGCAAGUGCUAGCUAUAGCGGAGGCACAUUCACUACGUAGCGCAGAUUACUGAACCAGUCCGUCGUUGAGUAUGAUGCCUCCUUCUCGCCAGAUGGCCAAUGAAUCACCUUCACUAGUGAGCGUGACGGCAACGCCAACCUCUACCGUUGCCGCGUGGACGGGUCGGGCAUGGAGAAGCUCGUGGUCACACCUGCAAUGGAAGAUGCAAUGGCUUUAUCCCCAGACGGAAGCAAAGCAGCAUUUGGUUCGACUGCGAACGGCUACAAGACCAUUAUCUGGGUGAUGGAUCUGAAGACCGGCAGCAGUUGGAAUUUGACCAACACAACGGUGACGGCCUGCGACCCGACGAAGAUGAACGGAUAUUUUCGCCCGCCCGCAGUGGUCUGCAGACGGCGAAUGGAUUCCGUUCUCUUCAGACCGCGGUACAGACUGCCUGGGACAUGACUUUGGCGUGGGCUGGGAGCAUAGUCAAGAGCUUUCGAUCUAUGCCAUCCGACCCAAUGGCACCGAAUCCCGAAAAGGUUGCUUCCAAAGUUGGGUAUUUUCUCGGCACACCCAAGUGUUCACCAGAUGGCAAGCGGACUUUCUUCUAUGAGACCACGCGGGAAGGAACCUGGGAGGCCCGUGAGACUGCUGAAGUAGAGGAGGCUGCUGACGGAUAGUAAGUGGGAGGACUCGAUGCCCAUCUAUCUUCCCAACGAGCUGCCUAUAGUGAGUCUAGGCGACCGGAUAUUUAGAACUACCUGUACCUUCGGAUAAUUGAAGCAAGCCUUGGUCCUUGAAAACAAGAUGCGGAUAUUUCUUCGGAUGUUUUCGGAUAUUUGGAGUAAGAAUGGAAUUACUCUCUUCUGUCCAAAGUUGUGUGGAAUUCAUCGACAUUUG